AUUCGCUCAUUCAUUCUCUCACUGCUUCGCGAUCGAUUCAUACGUUUUCAGUUUAAACCGAUCAUACUUGUUGUUUUGUUUGGCUAUCAUCAGAAUGAAUCAAUCAAAAUGCUACUGUGGUCCAGGCUAUGCCACGCCAAUGGAUGCUGUCGAAAAUGGACCUCGGGAAAAGAUUAUGUACGUAGUAACAGUACAACCGAAUUUGGAAGAGCCUCACGGUGACUACCUUUCAACUGUGGAUGUUGAUCCAGAGAGUGCUACCUAUUGUCAAGUCAUCCAUCGCACCUAUACAAAUAGUACGGGAAAUGAGAUGCAUCACAGUGGAUGGAAUACAUGCUCAAGUUGUCAUUUUGUAGAUGAUAAGUCCAAGGCGCCAAAAAGGGAUCGUAUGAUUCUACCAUGUUUGAACUCUGAUCGAAUCUUCAUCGUUGAUGUGGGAACCGAUCCCAAAGCUCCUUCGCUUGCAAAAGUGAUAGAAGGUGAUGUACUGAAGAAGGCUAACGUAACCGCUCCUCACACCACCCACUGUUUGCCAAAUGGAAAUAUUAUGAUUUCAAUUAUGGGCGACGCAGAAGGAAAUGCGAAAGGCGAUUUCAUCGAAUUCGAUAAGGAUUUCGAGUUCGUUGGGACAUGGAGCAAAGGGAACAAGAUAGCCAUGUGUGGUUAUGAUUACUGGUAUCAACCGUAUUUCAAUGUAAUGGUUGCCUCUGAAUGGGGUGCUCCAAAAAUGUUCCGACGAGGUUACCAAGAUUCCGAUGCAUUGGAUUCUAUUCAGUAUGGUCGUCGAUUGAAUUUCUACAAAUGGAAUGAACAUGAAUUGUUCCAAACCAUUAAGCUGGAUGAAGAAGGAACAUGUCCCUUGGAGAUAAGAUUUUUGCACAACCCUAAAGAAAACCAGGGAUAUGUUGGAUGUGCAUUAUAUGCCAAUGUAUAUAGGUUUUUCAAAGAUAAGGAUUCUGAAAAGUAUUCAAUUGAAAAAGUGAUUGACGUUCCAGCUAAGAAGGUAGAAGGAUGGAGCGGACAGUACAUCAAUGGAAUGAUGACUGACAUUCUCAUUUCGUUGGACGAUCGGUUUCUCUACUUCAGCAAUUGGUUACAUGGAGAUGUCCGACAGUACGACAUUACAGACCGAUCAAAUCCAAAACUAACAGGACAGGUAUUCCUUGGUGGUGCUAUAGUGAAAGAUUCCAAAGUAAAAGUAAUCGAAGACAAGGAGCUUACCGAACAGCCUGAUCCAGCUUUCAUUAAGGGUCGACGUCUUUUGGGUGGGCCACAAAUGUUGCAACUGUCAUUGGAUGGCAAACGGUUGUAUGUGUCGUCAAGCCUGUUCUCUCCGUGGGACAAACAGUUCUAUCCAGAGAUGGUGAAAGCGGGAGGAACAAUCGUACAAAUUGAUAUUGACACGGUCAACGGAGGCAUGAAAAUCAACGAAAACUUUUUGGUCGAUUUCGGCAAUGAACCAUACGGUCCAUCGCUACCGCACGAAAUGAGAUAUCCCGGUGGCGAUUGCACUUCCGACAUUUGGAUUGUGAACGAAUGAAAAUUAUUCGUCAGCGUUACAUGAAGUUCAAACUAAUUUCGGUACUACAUUCCACUUUUGAAAAUUGUCUUACGAAGCAAAAUUUUUGUGUUAGUUCAUGUCAAUGAAAAAAGCAAACUUGUACUCAAGCAAUAAUAAAUAAUCAUACUAAUAAUAUUCUAAGGAUCUUA